CAUCAUUCUCUUUUAAGCUGUAGCUAUUAUAGGAAAAUGAGUUCUUUUUCAUAUCUAGUGAUACUAUUAGCGCUGACAAUCAAUGUCAGCCUCCUCAUCCAAACCACUCAUGGUUUCUCUAUUCAUGAAGCCACUAUCAAAGACAUCCAACAAGCUUUCGAAAACAAAACUUUAACCACUAGGAAACUAGUUGAGUUUUACAUCCAGCAAAUCCAAGCCCUCAAUCCACUUCUUAAAGCCGUGAUCGAGGUUAACCCUGACAUAUUGGAUCUGGCUGACCAAGCUGACAAAGAAAGAAGUUACAAGAAUGGGCCUUUCAGUGGGAUGCAUGGGAUUCCAAUCCUUAUCAAGGAUAAUAUUGCAACAAAAGAUAAACUAAACACUUCUGGCGGGUCUUACGCUCUCGUAGGGUCUGUUGUACCACGUGAUGCAGAUGUAAUUGCUAAGUUGAGAAAGUCGGGAGCGUUGAUCAUGGGGAAGGCCAGUAUGAGCGAGUGGGGAGCUGUCCGUGGUACUAAAGUUCCCGCUGGAUGGUGUGCAGUAAGCGGACAGGGAAGGAACCCAUACUAUCUAAGUGGGGGUACAUGUGGUUCAAGUAGUGGCUCUGCUAUUGCUGUGGCCGCAUAUUUGAUAAUAGUUGCUUUGGGAACGGAAACAGAUGGCUCAUGCCUCUGCCCAUGCAGUUUUCACUCAAUUUGCGCAAUCAAGCCUACGGUAGGACUAUGCAGUCAGUACGGUGUUAUCCCAAUUGCGCCAACAUUUGACACAGUUGGACCUAUUGGUAAAACUGUAACGGAUGCGGUAUACGUACUGGAUGAAAUUGUUGGUCAUGCUGACUUCAACAUUGAAGCAACAACCACCGUGAAAGACUUCAUACCGGAAGGUGGUUACAAGCAAUUUCUUAAAAAAGAUGGCCUCGUUGGAAAAAGAAUCGGUGUAGUCCGAAAUCCCUUCUACACUUAUCCUGUAGGUUCAGCACUUCAAAAACUCUUCGAAGCCCACAUCGAGACACUCAAGCAAGCAGGUGCAGUUAUAGUGGACAAAUUGGCAAUCACCAACAUAAACACUAUUCUCAAUCCCGCUCUAAGUGGUGAAACCCAAGUAGAGAAGUUCGAGCUAAAGGUGGCCCUCAAUGCUUACCUAGGAGAACUAGUUUCUUCUCCAGUCAGGUCGUUAGCUGAAGUGAUCGCCUUCAAUACAAAAAAUCCUUCUUUGGAGAAAACAACUACAUAUGGUCAAGACUUUUUUAUAGGUGCUCAAAAGACAAGUGGAAACAUUGGGGCAGCAGAGAAAAAGGUGUAUGAGAAGCUGAAAAAACUUGAUGAUGACGGGUUUGUGAGUCUGAUGAAUAAAAACAAUUUGGAUGCAGUCGUGACUCCAGGGAGUCGGUUCUCAACAGUGCUUGCUAUUGGAGGACACCCAGGAAUCAACGUUCCAGCAGGAUUUCAACCGAAUGGAAUGCCUAUUGGAAUCACAUUUGGUGGACUAAGGGGUUCAGAACCAAAGCUCAUUGAGAUUUCUUAUGCUUUUGAACAGUUGACACUUGCUAGGAAACCUCCUUCCUAUGAAAUGUUAACAAAGACUCUAAACACAAUUGCCAACCAAGACGGUAUUACUAGCAGCGAUUCCUUAAUCGAAAUGAUCAUUUAGCUGAGUUUGUUUUGUAUGGUUUUAAGAAAAAAUAUGCUAGGCCAAAUAAGGUGAUUUAUUUGAAGCUUCUGCACUAUGUCUUCGAAUUAAGCGCGUAUGUUGAGAUUAGAGAUGUCUUUCUUUAUUUAUGAUCUUUCUCUUCUUAUUUUUAUGUUUUUCUUGGAGGUUAUGGUUUUAUGUCCCCCUCCUUGUUCUAUUUUCUUUU